UGAAAAUAAAAUUGAACUGCUUAUUAAGUUUUGCAAUAAAUCUUCCUAUGUAGUUUCUCCACAAAUAUGAUUUGUGCAAGUGCUAGCACGUUCGCCUUGUUUUUUACUUUUUUUCAAACUGGUAUCAUUAAGGGCCACGCUGUGGAUAUUACGCGCCAUCCUCACUGGCAGCUUUUGGAACAUAAGGAGUGUGGAAUUACUUUGGCGGAUCGGAUUAUAGGGGGGUCUAAUGCGACUUUGGGCCAAUACCCUUGGCUGGCACGUUUCGGUUAUGUAGAAGACUACCGUUUCCCAUAUAUUGUGUACAAAUGUGCAGGGGCCCUUAUUAAUAAACUUUAUGUUGUUACUGCGGCUCACUGCGUGUAUAAGCUACCACGAAAGGCAUACAUUGCUGUUGUCAGACUGGGCGAGCAUAACACAGCGACUACGAUAGACUGCGAAGCAGGAGUUUGUGCAGCGCCCACCCAAGACUUCAGACCGAUCCAAAUUCUCGUCCACAGGAACUAUAACAAACCUACGUACAAAAAUGAUAUUGCGUUAAUUAGACUUAGUCGCCCAGCUAUUUUCAAUGGCUGGGUUCAACCAAUUUGUUUUCCAUACGGCGAACAGCUAAUGAAAACUUUCAAAGGAUCGAACGCUGAAGUAGCCGGUUGGGGAGUGCAUAACGUAAGUUAUCCCGUGUCAAGUGAAGUGUUGCGCUUCGUACGUCUACCCAUAAUCGACAAUAAAGUAUGCCGAACCCUUUUCGAGGCUUACGCCGACAUUGGACCAACACAACUUUGCGCCGGUGGACUAACUGGCAAAGAUUCAUGUGGAGGUGAUUCCGGCUCACCAUUGGUUAAAGUGGAAGUGAAUCAUGGUAAUUCUCCACGCUACUAUAUUUUGGGAGUCGUUUCUUUCGGGGUGAAAAAGUGUGGUACACCGCAUAUGCCUGGUGUUUAUACGAGGAUAACGUCGUAUGCUAUUUGGAUCUUGAACAACAUAGCACCAUGAGCUCAAGA